GGGAGUUCUGUCAAUCCACCAUUGCGUAUUACGUUAGUGUGGGAAGGCGUCGUGUUGUGUUUUGACGCCGCUCGCGGUGACAGCGCGGUGAAAUGGCGCUCCGGUCCUGGUGAUUCAGUCGUGUGGCGCGCGCGUUAGCCGCCACUGUCUUGUUAGUGCUAGUGCCCAUGCGAGUGCACGGAGCGCCGCGAUGAGGUGGAGCUCGACGCCGUACCGCGCCAAAGAGCGCGCCAAUAUCAGUUGCUUCAUCUUCAUUAUGUUCUUUGCGGUGUUUGGUUUCAUUAUAUUAACUGAACUGCUGCCGCCAAAAGACCCCGUUACAUCCAACAACUCAAGAUCCCGUAGUGAUCACCUCCAGGGAUGGGACAGUAGAUCUAAUGCGGGUGGUGAGGAGACUGAGAGUCCACCGCCUGCACUCAUACCCUUGGACGCCGUUUGGCAACCAGUUGGCGGGACUCGGUUUCGUUUCUUCGUGUACUCGGCAUAUGUGGAGCGACGGACGGUGGUGGCAGUGCGCAUCAUCGCGGCAACUAAGACGCGGGGAGCCGACAGCGUCAUGUGUCGGUUAUGGCUGCUCAACAACCGGACACUCACACUUAAAGCUAAAGUUAAAGCCAUCCGUGAAAAUUGGAAUUUAAAGUUCAGUGCGUCUUACGUUCUGUGUUUGCUGGCGGACUCAGGAGUGAAGCCGCACGAGACUGUUGGGGCUUCAGUGGCAGUUCUCGCCAGCGACAAACUCAACUCACUUCCCACCAAUCUACUUAUCGUACAAGAUACAGAACCAAAACCAGGAAUAGAGGAUAAUUUACACAUAUGUGUGAAACCCUUCCACUUCUCGUUCAACCGUUUUGAUUGGCUCGUGGAGUGGUUUGAGAUAAAUCGGUUGCUGGGCGCUAGUCACUUCUAUAUGUACAAUCAGUCACUUAGUUCUUCCGUCGAAUGCCUACUUGAAGACUAUCGGAAACAAGGGCUCAUCACAUUGCUGUCUUGGCAACUUCCUAUCUUAUCAAAAGUGGAAAUUAGAACAGAAGGCCAGUUCGCGGCGUUCAACGACUGUCUAUACAGGUCGAUGUCCCGCACUGGUUGGCUGCUUGUGAUAGACGUGGAUGAAGUGGUGUUCCCCCGAAGGGAGCGCACGCUACCUGCCUUAUUGACGUCUCUAAGAGCGUCGUACCAACCGCGCUCCAAAGCGCCAUCUGCAUUCUUAUUCCGGAAUGCGUUCUUUUAUCUUAAAUGGGAGGAUGACCCAGAGGCAAAUACGCCUUUACUGACUUCCCGUAAGACAAGGCGGUGGAGUACGCCGCAUUCGUUAAAGAACAGAAGCAAGUACGCGCUAAGGCCGCGCGAUGCUGUGGAACUUGGCAACCAUUUUGUGUGGGAGCUCGCACCAGGUUCCAGCUCUGUCGGUGUCAACACCGAUAGGGCACUGCUACAUCAUUACCGGAUAAACUGUGAAUUCGGUGGCCUAACCUGCCUACAAGUUCCUUCAACGAUAGACAGGACAGCACAUUGGUGGAAAGACGAGUUGAUGGAGCGCGUUGGUGUCCAGCAUAAGCGGUUAGAGGCUGCAGGCUGUUUCCAAAAAGUAGUAGAUCAAUAAAUUUUGACAAUUGAAGUUUACUAUAGAAAUACAAUCGCCUGACUAAUUUGAACAAUUUCUAGAGCAGGCAUAGAACUGAAAUCCUUAUAUGUGUUGUAACUUCACAAGCGAUGAUUACAAAGGAUGAUACGGAUAUUUCUAAUCAAAGCCUCGUAAUAUUCGAAUAGGUAAUAUCAUUUUGUAAGAACGGUUAUAUCGUGUUAUAAGAAAUGUGUCUGGUUUUUACCAAAGAGAAAAAUAUCCCGGCAAGCCUAGUGCAGGACGUCUACCAAUGCAAAUCACCCGCAACCCAAGCUGCCUGAAAGGGAGUGUCAUACUCUUACUGACUAAAACCCUCCGUUCCUUCGCCUGCUUUAGGCCAAGGCCGCGGUGCCUUAUUGCGCUUACCCCGCACCUACGGCUAAAUGAUAGCAGUGGGGAUGUAAUUUAAUUGUAAUAAAAUACAAUUGUCUAUCAUUGGCAACAGUUUUUGGACUAUUAAUAAAGAAUGUUUCGUUAGUCAGAUGUCGUGAUUCUCAGCAUCUAUACCUAGGCCACGCUGACUGCUCCG